GUCUAAUCGAAUUCGCGGUUCGCUUCUCGACAUCAGUCCACUUCUCUCGUUCUUCUUCUCCGGCGGAGAGGCUUUGAUCUAUGGAGGUCGAGGUGAAGGCUGUCCCGGGGACUGAUAGUUGCUUCGCAUCGCUCCCUCUUUCGCUUAUUUAUGCACUUCAAUCAACGGCUGCCGGGCCUCUACCUCCUGUCCUUGCGCUUGAGCUCCGCUCUCGCACUGGCGAUUUCUGGAACAUCGCUUGGUCUGGCUCCGCCUCAAGGUCUAAUGCUAUUGAGGUUGAUCAAAAGCUUGCUGAAUGUAUUUCCCUGCCUGAUGGAACUAAAGUACAAGUGAAAGCAGUUGCUAAUUUACCAAUAGCUGGUGAAGUAUUUAUAGAGCCCAGUGCAGAGGAUGACUGGGAAAUUUUGGAACUCAACUCUGAGCAUGCUGAGGAGGCUAUUCUGAAGCAGGUUGGCAUUGUGCACGAGGGAAUGAAGUUUCCUCUCUGGUUGCAUGGACAUGUUGUUGUUGUGUUUCGUGUCACUUCAACCUCUCCAAAACAAUCAGUAGUGCAACUUGUGCCAGGAACUGAAGUUGUUGUAGCACCAAAGAUGCGCAAAGAAAGAGUAGUGGGGUUUGAAGAAUCUCAUAACCAAGAGUUGUUGGGGGAACAAGUUAUGUCAAAAGCAUUACUACGUCUACAAGCAGAAAAUAGAAUGCAUAUUCAUUGGUUUGAAUUUAAUGGCGUUGAGCUGGGGGUUGUACUCACUUCUGUUGCUUUCAUACAUCCAGAAACAGCUAGUAGAUUAUCAUUUGAUAAUCUUCAACUUGUUACAAUUGUGCCUAGAUUGCCAGCAAAUGAGACUACCAAGAAAGGGAAAGAUAAUGCCCAGAAAAGAGGAAGUUACUCUCCUAAUACAGAGGAAAAUAAAGGGUUGUCAGCAAGCAGUAACAAGAGAUAUCAGCAAAUUGUUGUUCGCAUUUUGUGUUCAGAGUUGGUUACAAAAGAUCAUCUCAUGCUUCCUCAGUCUCUUCGUCUUUUUCUGAAGGCAAAACUUCAUUCUUGGGUUUAUAUAAAGAAGUACAGUACCAGCCCCAAAAAGGAUAUGCCUUCCAUGAGAAUUUCACCUUUUUGGUUUAAGUUAUCUGAGGAGAAUAAUUCUACUGGAAACGAGGCAUUGGAUGUGGGCGGCCAAUCUCCAAGGGCAGAUUUUGAUGCUAAUGUAGCAGAUUGGUCACGUCAUGAUGAAAUCCUUGUGUCUAUUCAUGAUGCAUUCAUUAGCAAUAGAAAAGAAAAUAAAGAAAAUGCUUCGCUUUAUCAUACAGCGCAGGACAGGACAUUUCUUAUUGAGGCCUGGCUUAAAGGACAAGUCAUGGCCAUUGGUUCUCAUGUUGGUGGAAUGGAGAUUCAUUCAGUUGUUUUGACAAAGGAAACUCUAUUUCACUUCAAAGUGAAGAACCACCGAAAAAACAAGAGUGUCUUAUCUGAUGAUCUAAUUAAAAGAAGCACUAGUAGAGAAUCGGUCUCAGAACUGCUGUUUUUGUUGACAGCUACUCUUGAUGAGGCUUCUCCAUAUGCUCUACCAUGCACUUAUGAGCUGACCUUGAGAGUUGCAACAGGUGAUGCAUUGCACAGCUGGAAACCAGAAGAUGGUAAAUUGGAGAUGGGUGAACCUGUUUUUCAUGAAUGUGUCAGGGAAAGUAGCAUACGCAGAGAUCAUAUGUUAACUGUGUCUUCUCUGACGUGGAUGGAGGCUGCUAUUUCUGAUGUUAUCAACAGGUUGUUUGUGUUGUUAUCUCCUUCUUCAAGGAAAUACCAGAGCACUUUUGGGCUUCCCAUCCCAGGACACGUGCUUAUUUGUGGCCCAUCAGGUUCUGGCAAAACUUCCUUAGCCACAGCUGUUGCCAAGUAUUUUGAAGAACAUGAUGCCAUUUUAGCGCACAUAGUUUUUGUAAGUUGUUCAAAACUUGCUCUUGAAAGGAGUCAGACAAUUCAGCAAGCCAUUACACAUUCUGUUUCUGAAGCUUUGGUUCAUGCACCUUCUGUCCUCAUUUUUGAUGAUUUGGAUCGUAUAAUAUCACUUUCUUCUGAAGCUGAGGGAGCUCAAUUAAAUAGUUCGGUCACUACUCUCAUGAAGCUUUUUACUGAUAUUAUGGAUGAAUACGCGGAAAAGACUCUAAGUUCUUGUGCAUAUGGACCAAUUGCGUUUAUUGCUUCUGUUCAAUCUCUUGGCAAUCUGCCUCAGGCUUUAAGCUCUUCAGGUAGGCUCGACUUCCAUGUUCAACUAUCUGCUCCUAAGGCCUCAAAGUGUGGAGCUAUACUAAAGCAGGAAAUCUGCAAACAUGCUUUGCACUGUUCUGAGGGUAUACUUACAGAAAUUGGCUCCAAGUGUGAUGGAUAUGAUGCUUAUGACUUGGAAAUUUUGGUUGGUAGAGCUAUGUCUGCUGCUGCCAGUCAUUUAAGGUCAAAUUCUUCUGUCGAUGAUAAGCAUGGAACGAUUACUUUAGUGAAGGAAGAUUUUGUACAAGCAAUGAAUGGCUUUGUUCCAGUUACCAUGCGUGGUCUAACAAAAUCUGAUUAUGAAGGUGGACGAAGAGGUUGGUCAGAUGUUGGAGGGCUUAGAGAAAUUCGAAAGGCUAUUGAAGAGAUGGUUGAAUUGCCUUCAAAGUUUCCUGACAUCUUUGCUAAUGCACCCUUAAGGUUAAGAUCCAACUUGCUCUUGUAUGGACCUCCAGGAUGUGGAAAAACGCACAUUGUUGGUGCUGCUGCUGCUGCGUGUUCUUUAAGAUUUAUUUCCAUCAAAGGACCUGAGCUUCUGAACAAAUAUAUAGGUGCCUCUGAGAAAGCUGUAAGAAACCUGAGUUACGUGAUUUAUUUGCUAAAAGCGGCUGCUGCAGCUUUUCCUUGCCUUCUUUUCUUUGAUGAGUUUGAUUCUAUUGCACCUAAAAGAGGACACGACAAUACUGGGGUAACUGAUCAGUAUGUUGUUAACCAGUUACUGACUGAGUUAGACGGUGUGGAAGCUUUUAUGGGGUGUUUGUGUUUUGCUGCAACUAGUCGGCCAGAUCUACUUGACGCGGCACUCUUACGGCCUGGAAGGCUUGAUCGGCUUCUUUAUUGUGAUUUUCCAACAUGGCAAGAACGAUUAGAUAUUCUCACAGUUCUGUCAAAAAAGCUUACGUUGGCAAGCGAUAUCGACCUAGGCAUGAUAGCUUCUAUGACUGAAGGAUUCAGUGGUGCUGACCUUCAGGCUCUUUUGUCAGAUGCGCAGCUUGCAUUAGUUAAUGAGCUUGUGAAUAAUAAAGAUAAUAAAGAGCUUAAUAUGAAUGAAGAGAAGCCGGUUAUUAGUGAUGAAGUUCUGAGGUCAGUUACUUCAAAAGCAAGGCCAUCAGUAUCAGAAGCUGAGAGGCACAGACUUAAUGGGAUAUAUAGUCAAUUCUUGGAUUCAAAGAAAUCUGCUACCGCACAGUCUAGGGAAGCAAAGGGGAAAAGGGCGACACUUGCAUAACGUCAUGCUCUGAUCUUGUCUCACACAAUGCAUUUCAGGAAUUUCUUUGUAUUGUUCUAGUUCUAGUUAACCAACAAGGAGUCAGGUACAAGAAUGAGCUGGCCAUUUGUCAAGAAAGCAUGACACAACCUUAAGUUGCUAU